AUGACUCUUAAUGGUGAGGUUCAUGUUAAUGGAUCAUCUGGUACAAAUGCAACUCAAACACAGACUGAGAACAACACAAACAACACAAGAUCACAACUAAUUCAAGGAUCAAACCAGACCAUUGAUCAUAGUCACCCUCUAUAUCUGAAUAAGACCGAAGUAAGUGGAAUAUCCCUCAUUUCUUUUCAAUUGACUGGUGCUGAGAAUUACUUUGUGUGGUAUGGAUCCAUGAGACUAGCCUUGUUAGGAAGAAACAAACUAGGGCUAGUAAAUGGAAGGUGGAAGAAAGAAAAUUUUGGAGAAGAAAUAUGGGAGCAAUGGGAGAGGGUAAAUGCAAUAGUUCUAUCUUGGUUGGUGAAUACUAUUUCUAGUAAUCUGUUGAGUGAUGUGGUGUAUGCUAUUAAUGCUUGA